UUUGCCCUAUUUGACGUGUCUCCCGUUCGCCUGAAUUAGCGCAUGGAUGCUGGGCUAUAAGGUUAACUUUCGAUCGACAGCCUUAUGAAUGUCUAUGGCGGCAUACGGCUUUGCGCUUGUCUUGAUCACGCAGCUAAUUAUGAGUCUUUCCAAACCGCAGCAGUAGCAGCAGCGCACGCACCGUCUCACCGAGAGCCAUGACUCUGAGCUCCGAGAUGUCGGACGCGUGUGCGCUCUCGGAAGAGCCGGACAUCGAUGUGGUGGGCGAAGGAGACGAUGACGACGUCGCGCGCUCGCGCCCCUACGACGACGACGAAUUUCCGCGCGCUCGUGACGAGCUUUUCCUCUCCGCUUCGUCUCCGUGCGUGGACUCUGUUCACGGCUCUGCCGGUUCGGGUGCGCGCGACACGUACAAACCGGCGAGCAAGAACGCUCUGGUGAAGCCUCCCUACUCGUACAUCGCGCUCAUCACCAUGGCCAUCCUUCAGAGUCCCAAGAAGCGGUUGACGCUCAGCGAAAUCUGCGACUUCAUCAGCAACCGCUUUCCGUACUACCGCGAGAAGUUUCCCGCAUGGCAGAACUCAAUCCGCCACAAUCUGUCACUCAACGACUGUUUCGUCAAGAUCCCCCGCGAGCCCGGCAACCCAGGCAAAGGUAACUACUGGACGCUGGAUCCGGAGUCAGCCGACAUGUUCGACAACGGCAGCUUCCUGCGCCGGCGAAAGCGCUUCAAGCGCCAGCAGGCACCCGAGCUCCUUCGGGAACACGGCGCUUUCGUCCCUGCGUACGGCUACGGAGCUUAUGGUUGCGGUUACGGCCUCCAACUGCACGCGGCAUAUCAAGCGCAUUCCGCGCUCUUUACUUUCCAGCAGCAACAGCAGGCGCCUCCGUCAUCAAGACACACCGGAACUCUGAUCCCCGCGCCUUCCCUCAUGCCAAACACAGCCGAACUCGCGCGCUCCCGUUUCUAUCCUCCGCUGAGUCCCGGGAUUUCCUCCCCGGAACAGACUGCGACCAAAUCCCCGGUACACCGCUCACCAUUUUCCAUAGAAAGCCUCAUAGGGAGUGCUGGGAGUCCGGCGCAUGCGCACUGUGCCUCACGGACUCCGCCGGUGCCUUUCGGACCGAAUGUAGCCGAAAAGUUUCCCACACGGAUUGUCAAUGGCACAAGCAGCUGUUAAAUAUUAAUUGAAGUUCACAUUAAAAAAAAUAAUAAGCGAUACACUCAAACGCUCCUGUUUUUAAGGUAGGAUUGUUUUUUAUUUGAUUUUUUUGUUAAACACAGCUGAAUGGUAGACAUAAAAUGCCCCUUGUGCCUAUAUAACAUCUAGUCUAACACUUUUAAUUACAUUUCAUUACAGUGAUUAGUAGACUUGGCGUAGGGCAUCUCAGGAUAAUAACAUGUUUAUUUUUAACAAAAUAUAACAAACCGUCAGUUCAUCUUACGCAGUGUGUUUUGUCUCCAGACCCAUUUAAUCAAACUUUUUAAAUUUGAGUUCUUUUUCAUGAAAUUCACAAGGACUUAUAUGUGUGCUUAUAUCAGUAAUAUGUACAUUAUUUUAGUUGUAUACUCGGAGUGUAAUAUUUUUUACACGAUUUGUUUUUACAAUAAGAAUAAAUAUUGUUUUACAGAAACGAU